UUUGAAAAAAACAAUUCAGAGCUUCUUCUUUCUUUUUGAACAACUCUGGAGCUUAUUCUAUAAUGGCGUUUUCUUCCAUUUCUUGGUCCUUUACAAUAUUUUUCAUAAUUUUGCAAAUGUUAAUCAUGUUAUGGAGUGGUAGCUGGCAUGCUAAUGGAUGUUAUACCUCCAUCUUCAGCUUCGGUGACUCCCUAACAGACACCGGUAACUUAAAACAAGUGGCCUCCAUAACCGACGGGUUCUUUCCUUUUCUUCAGCCGCCUUACGGUGAAACCUUCUUUCAUAAACCCACUGGUCGUUGCUCAGAUGGCCGACUAAUCAUUGAUUUUCUAGCUGAGAGUCUCGGGUUGCCAUUGGUACGACCAUUUCUGCAUGACUGUGACAGUGUCAUUGAGCCGGGACAAGGAGUUAACUAUGCUGUGGUGGGCGCGACAGCAUUGAAUUCAUCGUUUCUUGAAGCAAGAGGAACUGUUAAUGAUUUGACAAAUGCCUCUUUAGGAGUUCAGUUGGCAUGGUUUAAACAACCAUUAGCUUCUAUUUGCAGCAACGUUUCAGAUUGUAGAAACUUAAUUGGACGUUCUUUGAUCUUAGUUGGAGAGAUUGGUGGAAACGAUUACAACUAUCCGAUAACAGAUGGAAAAACCAUUGAUGAGGUCGAACCAUUCGUUCCUCUAGAAUUAAUUCAGAUGGGGGCACAAACACUGGUCGUUCCAGGAGAAUUUCCACUUGGAUGUUCUUCUCAAUAUUUAACAAUACGUGGUUCCGAAAGUGAAGAGUAUGAUAGCACAACAGGCUGCCUCAUCAAGUUCAAUAAAUUUGCCGAAUACCACAAUGAACUGCUGCAAACGAAACUAAAUCAGCUUCGAGAGCUUCAUCCCAAUGCCAUCAUCAUCUACGCUGACUACUACAAUGCUGCCAUGCAAUUUAUCCGUUCUCCAGAUAAAUUUGGUGCAUAAUAUAUAUGUGUUCCGAAACUAACUUGAAUCAUUUUCUGCAUCUCAAAUAUUAAUGUGAUUUCAUGUCUAUAUUGUCCAUUAAUGGCAUUGUAGGAUUUACAAAUGGUGCUCUGAAGGCAUGUUGUGGAGUUGGAGGUCUGUAUAACUACAACAGAUCAUCUCAAUGUGGAUUGCCGUGUGUGCCUGUGUGUGAUGAUCCGAAUACAUAUGCUGUGUGGGAUGGAAUACACUAUACAGAAGCAGCAUACAGAAUAAUUUCCGACAGUUUAUUUCAAGGGCCAUACACUUGGCCCCAGUUUAAUUUGGUGUGCCCAUUUCAUUUGGUGGCGAGCUCAUAGGAAUAUGUAUGCUAAUAUGUAAUCUAGAUAUUUGCUCAAAUCCUCCUUAAUAAAUAAAGAAC